CCAGGGCUAAAUUCAGCAUGAUCUCUUGCUCCUCCACACUCUCUCCCUGUAGUAAAGUGUACACAGUGCCGAUAAACCAGGGGAUGACAUGCCCGGAGAACUCAACCAGACGCACCAGGGGCCGUAUGCCACCCAAGGGAGACUCCUCACACGCGCACACACCGAGCCGCUUGGAUAGCCACAGAUCUAUGGCCAGCAGAAACCGGAGUGCGAUAGUGAAAAUCGGUUGGUUAAGACUGACAGAGAAGUCCUCGGGGGAGAAGUAAGAGCAGCUGGAGCUCCGGCGGCGAGCAUGGCACUCAGAUGAUCCCCGGUACCCACACACAGAUCCACGGGAACUAUUCCGUCUGGACAUGGGUGAGGACAUUUCCCUUUAAUAAAAAACCCAAGGAGUUGGCCUAAACUUGACGCACGUCUUUGUUGACCAACUGUGCUGUGCAAACUCUUUAAUCCUGCAGCACUCUGAUGCAAAACAUCCUGCAAACUGGUGAGUCCAAAUACAAGGGGUUAAAAUGUCACCAAUUUAGAUCUGGACUUGGCCGCUUUAGUCACGUGGCUACAACAUCCUUCCUAAUGACAGGCAAUUAAAGCAAAUAGUGAGAUCUAAAUUUAGCUCUAUUCUUUCUUGAGUGCAGAUCCCAAAAUGGAUGCACUGUAUGUAAAAAUGAUGUCACCCAUAAUAACAUUAUGAAAAUUCUUAUGUGACAAUCAGGGGUGGAAAAAACUAAUCCCAUUUACUCAUGUCUGUAUUUGUGCAAUCGUGUAAUUAGUAUAUUACUGUACCAGUAAUUCUGUUGGAGUUUUUGAAAUCUCUGCUUUUACUUCUUUUAUUUUUUUUAAAUGUAUUUAGUUAUUUUUUUUUGAUAGUUAGCUACAUCUACACUGCAGCCAACCUGUUACUGAAUUUAAGUACUAAAAAACUAGCCUUCACAUUUUACCAAGUGAAUUAAUCACAUUUCUUCUUUAUAACUCUCAUUACAUGCAAUACAUAUCACAUAAAUGAUACAGGCUGCGUAUAAAUCCUACUUUAAAAUAUUCAUCAAGCCAAAAUUUGCUAUAUGUUUCUUAAACAGGUAUGGCCAUUGUUCAUGUGUCUCUCCAAGUUCCUGUGAGGAAGACUACUUCGGCUCCCUUUUAUUCUAUAAAAUAAAAUUUUAUAAAAUCCAAUUCUUCUGACUUUGAUGUGAAAUGUUUUGUGUAUUUUUAACAUUAAACACAGAGAAAGUAAAUAUUGUAAAUAAAUGUCUCUUUCCUCAAGUGCCCCUCCCCUUUUGCAGAGGUCUAUUUCAUGGAUAUAAAAAACUCCCUAUAUGAGCUUUAAAGAAAACGAUCCAGAAUCACUUUCUUGCCUCAUUUUUCAGCCAUUUUUACUUAUUUCAGUUAAUUUCUUAUUUCUGACUUGUAACAACCAGCUUCUGCACAGCUAGUCACCUAAAAUUUCUAUUUAGGUAAAAUGCUUUUGAAAAAACUGUAGCCUACUUUUACUUAAGAUGUUUAACUUACACAACCCAAUGACAAUCCUGUGAGUAGAAACUAAAAUGUUAUUUAUCUUAAGUGGGAAGCAGUCGAGACGAGCCUAAGUAGGUUAUUAGAAACACUGAACGUGCGUAAAUCAAGUGAAACUCACCACAUCAUCAGUCAAAAUCUGCUAUUGAAUAGAGGGAGCAGUGUAGAGGGGAGGUCCCGCCCCCUUUUACCUCGAACUGUCAGUCAUCACUGCUGCCGCUGCUGCACACGCGUCGCGACCACCUCCACGCGCACUGCAAACAUGCCGGGGAUGCUUCUUGGAGAUGUGUUUCCUGAUUUUGAGGCGGAGGCCACCACCGGGAAAAUUAAGUUCUACGAGUUUCUCGGAGAUUCGUAAGUGAAAACAAACUUUGAGUUAGUAGUUUUUUUAACGUAAUGAAAAAAAAAAAAUCGAAGAGUUUGCCAGUUUGGUUUCAGUUCCUGUUACAGCAUUGCAACUUCUGUUUUGGACCUUUGCCGGUGCUAUUUAUGACAGGUAUGUGAUUAAAGGAUAACGUGGGUAUCAAAGAUUGUGUCAAUGAUCUUUAGGUUCAGCUGUGGCCUCUAAAGUGCAUGAAAUGGUUCUUUCACAGAUUGGACACUCAAUUGUGAUCGAGCACUUACUUGAUUGAAAUGAAAGGUCAUAUUUUAUUUUAACAUAUCUCUCUUUUAAUCACAGUAAAACAAUCUUAAAGGCGUUAGAUACAGGUCAGAGGUCAGCCCUAAAAUCUCCAUGCAUAUGCCUUGAUGCACAACAAAACUGCUGACCUCCUGCAAAGAAACCCCCUCAGUUUUGGAGGUCACAUCCUGUCUGUUUGAUGUCAGAUGCAUACUCAGCAUCAUUCGAUUGUGCAACCAAAUCAACAGACAUCAAAAGGGACCUGAUAGAUUCUAGAUACUAAAAUCUAACUCUAAAUGUAGAUAUUUGACUCAGAUUGAAGCAUCAUGUUCCUGACUUCUCUCUGUUUCAUUCAAGGUGGGGCAUUCUAUUCUCUCACCCUAAAGACUACACCCCCGUGUGCACCACAGAGCUGGGCCGAGCUGCCAGACUGAGCAGUGAGUUCAGUAAACGCAAUGUCAAAAUGAUUGCCCUGUCCAUUGACGGCCUGGAGGAUCACCACGGCUGGACUCAGGUGAGACAGCCCCAGCAGGGUUAAUUGACACCACAAUUAAAGGAACACAGUUGAGAUUUGCAAAACCAUUGGCUUUGAGAAUAUAAAAAGACCAAGGGGCUUUCUAGAGUGGGUCAGCUGAAAAGUUCUGAAAUUGUUGUCAGUGUUUAAUACACUCGAUAUCAAGUUUUGACUUCCCAGGUGGUUGAAGUGAAAACCCCAACGCAAACAUUUUGCAGGUCAAAGGAAGUUUAGACUGUUCUGUUGUCAGCGAUGAUAGCUCCUGUUUAGGAGGUCAGUCACAUUAUGUCUGUGCAAAUUUCCCCUUAGAAUGAAGUCAUAGCAAGUGCUGAUACUUGGUAAAUGUAGUUUUAAAAGGAAGUGAUUUUUUCUACACUGGACUGAAUCAAUUAGAGACAUCAAAACAGAUUUCAUGAGACAAGCGCAAAUAAAUGUGCCAUUGGCAGCAUAUUUCACUUAUUAUAGGUGCAUGCUACAGCCAAAACUUAGUUUCUUGCUUUGUCAAAAUGUAAAUGUGCCGUAUGGGUGUUUCCUCUUUUAAAUCAUCAAAGUAUCACCAAAGUUGCAAGUGCUUUUAUAACUUUUUUUUUCAUAUAUAUGAUGGAGUUAAGUCAGUGUGGAAGUAAGUGUUUAAACACCUCAUGGUCUGUGUCUCUAUACCAACAAGGACAUCCUGGCUUACAACUGUGAGGAGUCAGCGUGCAGCUCUCUGCCCUUUCCCAUCAUCGCAGACUGUAAACAGGAGCUGGCAGUCGCCCUCGGCAUGCUGGACCCUGAUGAGAAAGACAAAAAUGGCACGCCACUCACUGCUCGAUGUGUGAGAAUCUACACAGUCACAGUCUACGCCCUAGUCUCAAGUCUUAUACAUACAUACGAACAUUUUAAGAAAGGGUAGUGUUAACCUUUUCAGUCCUGAUCUUACAUCUGUUUGUAUGAAGGUGUUCAUCAUCGGUCCUGACAAAAGGCUCAAACUGUCACUCCUCUACCCAGCAACCACCGGACGCAACUUUGAUGAGAUCCUGCGGGUGGUGGACUCACUCCAGCUCACAGCGGGGAAACAAGUGGCUACACCUGCUGAUUGGAAGGUGUGUUAAGGCGAUCUCUGUAGGCACCGGUCAUUCAUGGAAUCAGAAAGUGAGCUGCUGAUGUUUAGAAAAACCUUUUUUGUCUUUCUGUGUGGGUGUCCCUCCAGCCUGGAGACUGCGUGAUGGUCUCUCCCAGCAUGUCUGAGGAAGAGGCGGCCUCUAUGUUCCCAGGGGGUGUCUACACCAAAGAUCUGCCUUCUGGAAAGAAGUACCUGCGCUACACACCACGGCCUUAAAAGCCGUGCUGAGAUGAAUGCCCCAAUGACUGACCCUAAAUUCAGGGUCUUUUAAUUCUGGACAUUUUCUGUCCUUUAAGACGGAUUAAGAAAUCUGAGAAUCCUUGUGAUGAAUAAGUCUUCCAAACAAUUCUCCAGUUAAAUUAUGAUAUUCAGUAAAGACAUUUAACUAUGCACUAAAGUGAACCUUGCACUGAUUGGCCUAGUUUCAAUAGAGGGCAGCUGUUUUUUAAUGUAUAUUCUUGAUAUUUAAAAGGUAAACAAAUACAUACAUUAUGGCUUAAGUACUCUCCAUUGGAACUAUGAUACUGUUGUGUGACAUAUUUCUUAUUGACUGUCUUCUCUCUCAUUUUAGACCACUGCAGGAGGAAGUGGUUUUAGACGUGAGGAUUAGUCAUUCAACACAGCUAGUGAGUUACCUGGUUGUGAAGGUUCAGUAUUUGUGGCCUUUCAUAUAACUUGUUACUGUUAUAUUGAAUACAUUUAGUCGGGUUUAAACCUGUUUUCCAAUAAAGAGUAUUUUAGAGUAACGACACUCAAAUGUUUAAGAGUUUGGUGUAAGAAUAUCUCCACUGCGGGUCAUUUUGAAAACAAAGAGAUGACUUUUAAAGCCAGGUCGGUCAGGUCUGUUUUUAAGGCGACAGUUAACUCAGCUGUGCAGGAUUUGGAGUUCCCCCUCAGCAGGUCGGCAGCAUCAGUAAAGAGCUUAUCAACUUUGAUCCAGACAGCAGGCUCCUCUCUGAGACAAACGGACAGGCGAGAAUAGGGGCAGAGAAGGCCGUAUGAACAGGAAGCGAAAGACUCUCAUAAAACCCAGUGCCAAAAGAACAAAGGAGAGGGUGUUUAAAAAUAAAUGAGUGUCACUGUUGAGUUGAAACAUGGGUUUUGAAUUAUAAAUCAAAACCUGAAAGGGUGGAGUGAAAGGCAUGAGCAUAGAUUCAUCAAUCUAAUCAUUUAUUGGGAAAGGUUUGAAGGUUAAGGUACUUGAUGAUUGCCGAUGUUUAGGAUCUCAUGUCACCUCUGACAUCCUCCUCUUCAUUAGGGGUUAAAAGAGCAGCUACCGCCCUGGAACGUUUUAACAGCCUUCCUCCAGGUCUCCUCCAGUAAUAUCUGCCAGGUGGUGUGAAACCUGCCAGCUGUCGUACUGAAAACAAACCAAAUCCCUGUGCAGAUUUUCAGCCACAGGGAGCUGCUAUUUUUCUCUUAUUUCCUCCAUGUUGUUAUGAAAAUGUUUUUAAAAAUAUCACAUGAAAAUGUAGAUAAUAGCAGUUAAGUUGAGAUUCAGCUGCUUGUCUCCAGUGUAUGGAUUUGUCUUCACCAUUACGUCAGAGGUAGCCAGCUCCAGCUUGGUGUCCUCCCACCAGCAGUGUCAUCUCUGGUUCAUGAGGGUCUGAUACUCCCUCUGGUGGGCAAACAGUUGCAGGAACACCUUGUACUUUUUCUUAUAGAAGCUUUAAAAACAAUAAAAUGCGGACAACAAUCACUCAAA